AACCAGUCUUGUUUUGUAAGCAUUCAUCUCACCAUGGACAAUGAUGUGUACUAAACCCAAGUCGUGUCGUAGUAUUAUUAUUCUUUCGUGACGAUGUUCGUAUAAAUAUUAUAUUUUCGGUGAUACCUAUAUCAACAUUAUUGCAAGUUUCAUACUGUCCCGACACCGAUAUAAACGUUUACCGUCGUUUAUAAACCAUAAUAAAUAUUAAUCCACGUACCUACGCGUAACAAUGAUUAUAUCGUAAAUUCGUUAAUCGUUGACUUACCGAAGCAUUUUUUUUCUCUAAGCAUGUAUUAAUUUCAAUGUCUUUGUCCACAAUUCUAUACAAUAUUAUACUCAUAUCGGGAUCAUCUGAAAUGACAUUGCCUUAGAGACGUGAAACUAAACGACCAGUCUAGAAUUUCAAUUUAAAGAAUUAAAAAUAAUUUAUAUAGUUCACCGACCCGUGCACAAUGAAGGGUCAAUCAUCAAGAAUAUUGCUGUUGCUCGCGUUCUUGUCAGCUAGUUUGACUGGCGGCGAUUCGUGCUAUGAACCGAUGGACUCGGAUCCAUACCUGUAUUUUUCACAUAAGACUGCCUAUCAGCUGAUAUUCAACUCGAAGUUCAAACCAGUGCCUUAUUGCCGUCCAACAUUUGUAUGGAUGUUUAUCAGAUCGGGCACUAGUUAUCCGAAUACCAACGAAUCCUUGGCAAUUCGUCAGUUGCAUCAAUUCAAAGAUAGGGUGAUAAAAAAUCAUGAAGAACGUAGAAAUGGAAAUCUAUGUAGACAUGUAUUAGACAGUCUAAAACGUUGGGAAUUUGAAGUUAAUCCUACUUCAGAAGAUGAUAUUUCACCCCAGGGUAGAAUGGACAUGCAGCUACUUGCAAGAAGGACAAAGGACAAAAUGAGUGAAGUUUUAGUUAAAGAAAUCAACAAAAAUACGUUCAAAAUUUAUGCCAGUGAAGACCGAAAAGUUAUGAAUAGUGCUGAGGAAUUUUCUAAAACAAUGUUCGGAGAUGACUUUAGGUAUAAAGUUCCAAUCGAAAAAGUUCAAAGCAACUCAAGUUUUAUUGGGUUAGAGUCUUGUCCUAAGUGGACUGAUGCAAUCCAGAAUUCCGAAGCUUCGCUAUUUCGUAAAUCGCCAGAAUACAUGGACAUGGUGAGCCAGAUAAGUAAAAGAUUGGGUUUUCUAGAAAACAUCACUGACAGUAUAGUCCAAGCGAUGUACGAAUCGUGCCGGUAUAAUAAAGCUCUUGUGAUCGAAUCUUACCCGGCAUGGUGUGGCCUGUUCACUAGACAAGAGUUACAGCUUUUAGAAUAUUAUGAAGAUUUGGACUAUUACUAUAAAUACGGUUACGGUUCUGAAAUAAACACAAAAGUUGGAUGCCCGAUCGCUAAAGAGUUAAUGGGAUAUUUGAGUGCUGUGGCGAAAAACGAUUCUGAUAGACCUUCGGCUGUAUUUAGGUUUGGCUCCUCGGCUGGGUUGUUGACUACGCUAUUGGCUUUAGAAGUGGCCAAAGACCCGGUUCCUCUGACCCAUUACAAUUACCAUGCUCAGUAUCGUCGACAAUGGAGAAUGUCACAGGUGGACCCGUUUUCUGGUAAUUUUGCCGCCGUGUUUUACAAGUGUGAUCAAGGCGACGAAGAGAACAAAGUGAUGUUCUACUUGAACGAGGGCGUGUACGAUUAUCCGGGCUGCAACGUGGGUCUGUGCUCUUGGAAGUUCAUCGAGAACAAAUUCAGACAUUAUCUCAGACCCGACGGCUGCAACGACGAGGUGUGUCGCGACCGAAGUCGAGCGUCGGGUGUGCGGUCGGCCGUUUGGGUCGUCGCGCUGAUUCCAAUAGCACUCGCGUACUUGCGCGUUUGAAUAUCAUCAUCAUUGCGAUUGUGACGACGAUUUUCGUUUGGCUGUGUCAUAAACCAUAUAAUCAUAAUAUUAAUAAUACAUAUAUAUAUAUUGUGUAUGUUUUAAUGGUUAUUAUAGUUAAAAAAUUGUUUAAAGGAAUAUUCUGUAUAUAUAGAACGUAAUAUUUUUAUUCUCGUGCGACGUUACAAAGUUCCGUGAACGUCGUAACGAUAUAAUAUUUCAAAGCCGUUGUCCAAACUGCAGCUCGUGUAAACGUUUCUCAAAACACAAAAGAACAACAACACUCCCAUCCGGCGAAAUCCAACGAGUCAUUAUCAUGUAAAUGACUGUAUACACCUGACACGUUACAUUUUUCCUUUCCAUCAACGGGGCUCAAACUGAAAGUCACAUUAAUAAUCAUAACGUACUUGUUACUAAAUUUAUGUCUUUAGUUUUAUCACUAGGUAUUUAUUAUUAUUAUUAUUAUUUUUUUUUUAUUUUUUUAUCAUAUCAAAUAUCUACUUUAUAGACUCGUUUACAAGAAAUGAGAUUAGUACCUAAUAUCGUAUUACAAAUAGUGAAAUAUUAUUUAAUUUACGUGCUGCAGAUCGUAUUACCUACUAUUGUAUUAGCCCACAAGCUGUAACUAAGUAGAUUGAAAUUUUUUAAAUUUAAUAUAGAUAAUAACUUAUACUUAUUUUCCGUACGGCCAUACAUCUCAGUAGAAUUAAUUAUUAAGUUUUUAUUUAAUAAAACGCAUAAAGCUUACUGUUUCCUAA